GCCACAUUCAUUGAGUUCCUCUCCGUAUGCACACGCUGAAUAGGAUCACGCUGUAGGAGAUGUACAUUCAGAGCUCGCUGCACCAUAUGAUUAGAGUCUUUCAGCCGAGCGCUUUUGCAUUUCUUCCUACCGACUGUCCGACGCAUUUUACAUAGAUAAUAAUAGUUAAUGAAUAUGUGUACCUGAAUGAAUUUGAGCUGUGAGGGAUGGGUGAUGCUUUAGCUCUUUGGAUCAUGACAGCCUCGCUCCCCACUUUGAGUGCGGAGUGUGCGAAGCGCACGGAGAGACGAGAGGGAGAGGGAGAGGAAAAGCGCCCUUAAACGUGGGCUGUUGUGUAUCCCUCUCUGGGCCCCUUUGCUAUUUUUGUGCCUGGGUCCGCACGUCACGCUUGGGUAUUUUCUCUGGUGACUAGCUCGCAUCAAUAGAUCUUCUAAUGUACAUCCAGUCGGCCAGCAGCUUCGCGACUGAUGGGACUUUUACCUCGCUCGUUUCUUUCAUAUUUCGCCACCCGGACAUGAGGAGAAUGGAGAGACGGACUAUGCAGUAUGAGGAAUGUCACAUGUGACUGCCGAUAUGGGACAGGGGACUAUUCAAAUGUCAGGUUUGUAUGAGGAUUAUAUUUGAUAUGUGAAUGCCAGCUGCUGUGUGUGUGCUGUGUGUCACUCCGAUCACAGUGAGAGAGCUGCUGGUUCAUUCUGCAUGCUGUCGUAGAGGACUUUAAAGCCAACUGUCUCCUUAUGAUAUUUAUGGAUUUGUUGUCAGCGUGAGACUUCAAGCCCCAUUCCCUUUAAUGGCCAACUUAGCCCCUAAUGAUGUAAUGCAGCGGCAUAACGAUGCUCUCCCGUAGCUCACCGUGCUCCCUUGUGUGUGAAGGGAUGUGCCCAGCGAAUGUGCGGUUCAGAUAAAUGUCUCCACAGAGUCGUUUCUCCAUCCAUGCGGACAUACUGUACCACAGUCAGCCCACAGUCAUCCCGAAGCACACCUACUGCCACCCACCUGCCUCCUGUUGUUGCACGUCAUUGCUGCCGUGUCACAUAUUUUCGUUUAGGUUAGCGCUUGUUGCCAGGAGUGAGAGGAAUUUGGCUUUCAAAGGUGCGCUGGCCCACUCUUUUUUGGAAAAGUCUGAAUGCGCUCAGAGACUUGUCAAUGAGACUCUGAAUGUGACGGCUCUGUUUCCUCCCUGCCGUGCUCAGUUCAAAGGUAUGCAUUGUUUCUGAGGGUCUUAUCUCAUUGUCACUCUGCACCCAUAUUCCCCUCUUCCCUGCUCUGGUGGCUCACCGAGGAUGGAAACUAAGCAAUGAGGUCAGAUCGACCUUGAAAGGGAGCUCCCUACCAGGCCUCUGAAUUUUUGUUACCCCCUGGCACCCUCCAGCUUAGUUUACCUCUCUAAACCUCCCCGUUGAAACAUGGAUCAUUCCAAUCCAAAGCUGCCCCUCCACCUCCUCCCCUCCUCACCAUCCUUCAUAUGCCUUCAUUAUUUUUCCUGUAUGUGGAGGAAGCGUUCAAAUCUGGCUGACAGCAGAGACCCCAAAGAUGAGCUCAAAGAGGGGAAUGGGCAUUUGGAUAAGAACACAAAAGAUGACCCUUCCCUGCAAUUCACAUGUAUGUUAAUAUUACUCAAGUUACAUAACAGUUAUUGUCCUUGAAAAUCGAUCGCAAAGGAAGUGACACUGGAUUCAUGGAGUCACUUGAAACUACUGCAGGGGUAAAAAGCUCCACUGAGGGUCAGGACAUAAAUGCUGCACAGAAAAAAUGCACAUUGGAGGUUGCACAGAGUAGGCGGAGACCACCAGUCGAAUUGGAAGCCAAAGGGUGGCACCAAAAACUAGAAGAAGCUCAGAGCAAAGAUACAUGUGGUUUUAAAGAAAUGUCUGACUCAGGGAAAUCACUGCAAUUAGAAGAUCAGCACCCUCAAGCCCAGUCCACAAGCCAUCCAGACUAUGAGGUAUCUUCAUACCCACUACAGUCCGCAAAGCAGUUUUCUAGUGGCAGACAGAAAGCUUCUACACAGUCCCCAGCACCCACAUCUCACAGGAAGUCCCCCAGCUCACCUGAAGUCCAACAACAAUGUUCAAAUUCAGGGAUGGAUCCACUUACAGAAACGGUGUGUAAGGUGGAACAGAAACCACAAAAGCCUGGGAAGUAUGUUUGCGAUUACUGCGGAAGGGCAUGUGCCAAACCCAGCGUGCUUAAGAAACAUAUUCGCUCGCACACAGGGGAACGACCCUACCCAUGUGUUCCCUGUGGGUUCUCCUUCAAAACCAAGAGCAAUUUGUACAAACACAGAAAGUCUCAUGCUCACUCAGUCAAAGCUGGAACGGUGCCAUUCUCAGAACUCGGUUCGUACAAUGCCAAUACAGACCAAGGGUCUUUUGAAGGGGAAGGAGAGCUAUUCUCUGAUGCUGAGCAAAGCACAGACACGGACGAGGACACUCUUAAUGACCCGCUGCUGCUGCUGGACUCUCCAAUGGAGGGAUCAGAUAACACUGCUGUAAAAGUACUAAAUCUCAUUGCUCAGAAAAAGGGAGCCACGUCAAUGUCAGCUCAGGAUGGUUCAUCCCAACCCCAAGAAAUCAAUGCACCUUCUGCUGCUGCCGAGGCUAGUCGUGCAAUUCAAUCUUGCACAAUCAAACAGAGGCUGGCACUCCGGCUGUCUGAAAAAAGAAGCAGUGACUCUGACCACAAUCUGUCCCUCCCAAGUCAGUCUAGCAAGGGCAGCACGGACUCCGGGUACUUCUCUCGCUCUGAGAGUGCUGAGCACCAGACCGGCCCUCCAAACACUAACGCAAAGUCCUACCAAGAAAUUAUGUUUGGAAAGUGUUAUCGGCCAAGCCCUAAGCAGGCAACAGCUUUUGCGGCUUGUAGCACAGACACGAGUGAAUAUACCGGCAAACGCUCAGAGAAAGGCGUCUCCCGUGUUUUCACGCAAGAAAAAGACACAGUUGAGUCAAUCAAAAUAAACACAAAAUCAUUCACAAGGGAAGAGGUAAAAGAACCCCUAUUAGAUGCUGGCUCUGAUGUGGGGCCUCUGAUUAGAAGCAACUCAAUGCCAACAUCCUCAGCAGUCUGUCUGACUAUGCCUCAAGCACUCAGAGGCAGUCACUCGUUUGAUGAGAGAACAAGCACCGGCGGCAUGAGGAGACUCAGGCGGCAAGCCGCUUUCGAACUAUCCGCGCAAGAUGGCCAUACUGACACUGACAGUCACGGAAAGAUUAGUGAGAGUGGCAUUUCACCCUCAGGACUGGAAAUGGAAAGCUACCCUUCUGUGGUGCCUAGUAUGAGCCAUCAGAGGCAUGCGAUGGAACUGGCAACGCGCAAGCGUCGGAAGGAAAAAAGGGAAGAGGAGGAUUUGUCGGGUCAAUAUGAAGGCCAUCAUGAACCGUGUGAGGAGAUGUUUGAUUCAAGCAAGGACUAUGAUGUAAAACAAGGCGCACUGGGCAUUAUGGCUUUACGGAAAGGCCAUUUACAGAUGGACAGGUGUGACAUGGACAUAUCGGUGUGCCCUGAAGUGUCUGCUCGAAAAAACUUAGGGAAUGUAAUUUCAGUUAUCCAGCACACAAACUCAAUAAACAGGCCUUACUCUGAACAUUCAGAAUCUUACAAAUAUCAAGCUAUGGAGGCCUCUGAAUCAUAUGAGAUGGAGCGAAUUGACAGUAGAUUAAGGGAGUCGGUUCAACUGGGGCCCAAGCUCGUGCGGCAGUCUAACAUACAAGUCCCAGAAAUUAGAGUCACAGUAGAGCCUGACAGUCCAGAAAAAGCUCCUGAGGUGCAGGUGAAGGAGCCAGAGAAGCAUGUGGAGGAGUUUCAGUGGCCUCAAAGGAGUGAAACUUUAGCACAAUUCCCUCCAGAAAAACUCCCUCCAAAGAAAAAAAGGCUACGCUUAGCUGAUAUUGAGCACUCCUCUGGUGAAUCUAGCUUUGAGUCCGCCUGCACUAGCCUGUCCCGCAGCCCCAGUCAAGACAGCAACUUAUCUUACAGCUCCACCUUAUCGUUUGACAGGGAAGAGAGCUUGAAGUCAGUCUCUCCCGCCAGGCAGGAUGAAUUUGGCAAACCAUUAGAGUUGUUAGCUGUGCCAGGGAGUGGGCACUCCCUCUCAGUGCUCAACCAGCGUCAACAACAUGAAAUGAGACGCUCCUCCUCAGAGCAGGCGCCGUGUAACUUGCGCAAGGAGUUCCCAGAGUUGCGCAGCAUAUCAUUUGACUAUGGCAGUCUUUCUCCAACAUCCAAAGUUAGACACGUGGACAUAAACUCUGUGAAGGAGAGAAGGAGGGGAAACUUAGUGCGACAGGAGUCACUGAAUAUGGAUAGUGAAGUAACAUCACAAGUGUUUCCACAGUAUCUCAGCAGCAUCUCCCCUUCAUUCACUGCCGCCACUAUCCUGCCGCAGACGUUGCCAAUAUUCUCAGCUGGGAGUACAUUUCCUCAGCUUGCACAUCCAAGCCUGAUGGUUCCUGUAAGAAUUCAGACUCAUGUUCCAUCCUACGGUAGUAUCACAUACACCUCAAUGUCGCAGAUUUUUGACAAUCACUAUGACAGUGUUAGCUCCACUACGUCCACCCUUCAGAGUCAGAGUUUAAGAAUUUCUGGGAAUCUUGAUUCUCAUAACAUAUCGGCUCAUACAAAACCACCUACAACACACACCCUCAAUGUUGAGGCCCUUGAUUUGUCCUCAGCCAAGCUCAAGACAGGCAUCCCUCUCUCUCUGACCUCCAGAACUAUCUCAACCACUAAUGCCUCCAGUGGUGGUGCAAACAAACGGAUGCUAUCCCCUGCCAGCAGCCUGGACCUAUUCAUGGAGGUCAAGCAGCAAAAGCGUGUGAAAGAGGAGAGGAUGUUUGGGCAGAUUGUAGAGGAACUGAGUGCAGUGGAGUUGGGAAAAUGUAAUUUGAGUGAAGAGAAGGGGCACAGGUCAGGGAUGCAGGGUGCACCAACACUUCAUGCUCAGAAUGACUCACGCAGGAGUAAAUUUAUCACACUUCAGCAAAAAGAGGCCGAGGCCACGGACCACGGUGCAGAGUCAGUUAUGGAAAGCAGCUCCCUGGAUGCAAGCUCGCCUCCUUACGCCAUGAUAUCAGUCAGUGAAGUGAAAGAAGCUGGCAUGGAGAAACGAGUGCAGAUGGAUAUAGUGGCACAGCUGGUAACCAGUCAAGACAUCCUGAUGUCAGACUCUGAGCAUUCAGGACUGUUAUCUCAGUUUCCAAGUCUUCGCACGGCGACAGGUGUGAGCUGGUGUUAUCUCAAUUACACCACGCCGAGCUGCUCUCACAGCACCGCCCCUUUCUCAUCUGUGUACGCCACCUGGCGUGUGAGUUCCCAUAACCCGAACCCUCUUGAAGUGAGCACCAACUCUGCUCUGGCUUUGCUGCAGUCCAGACAGAGGGGAGACAAGGUUAUAUACACCAUGGCUGCCAUGUGCCAGCCUGGUGCUGGGAAACUGGUCUCAUCACUCAUCCUGUGGAGGCAGACCAUGGAACAGCUGCAGAGGAAACCGGAGCCCAAAGAGGUGGACGUCACCUACGGGAAGAAGGUGAAAGACAUCAGCUGCAGAGUGAAAACUGCCAAGGAAGAGUGGAAAGAGAGGGAGGCUGCCACAACCCAGACUGUGCCAACACGAAUUAAGAUCUUUGAAGGAGGGUACAAAUCCAAUGAAGACUAUGUAUAUGUUAGAGGUCGAGGCCGGGGUAAAUACAUAUGUGAGGAGUGUGGUAUUCGCUGUAAGAAGCCAAGCAUGCUGAAAAAACAUAUCAGGACCCAUACGGAUGUGCGGCCGUAUAUCUGCAGGGUUUGCAACUUUGCUUUUAAAACUAAAGGAAACCUAACUAAACACAUGAAGUCAAAAGCGCACAUGAAGAAGUGUCUUGAACUGGGAGUGUCAGUGACGAUGGAUGAGACAGAGAUACAGGAGCAUGUGGACGACAUGCAACAAAAGUCCAAGACAGAGGUGGCUGCGACGACCAAACAUCAGUUCUCAGACGCCGAGGACUCCGACGGCAUGGAUGAAGAAGCCGAUGAAAUUGAUGAAGAUGACGAUGAGGACGACGAAUACGAGGGUGAUUCCACUCCGAAGUUACAUUCAAGAAGCACGAGUCCUCAGCCGUGUGGAGUUACCUCUCUGUCAGUUACAGCCACUGCUGCCAUCCACGGCUGCUCCCUCGCAUCUCUGCCCGGAGUCGAUGUCAGUCAGCAACCCUCCGGCAGACGUACGAGCUUGGAUCAUCGUCCUGUUCUUGCAAACGACCAGAGAGAGAAAUCCGUGGAUGAAGACUCUCUGACCAUGCUGUCUCCAGAUCACAGCAGCUUCCUUUUUGACCCUUAUUCAUCUUGUCUACUCUCUCCUGGCUGGGAGUCUCCCAUCAGGGAGCCCUCCCCUUCACGUCUACGUUACCCGUCCCCAAGGAGGGAGCUUUCGCCACGUGGUCGCUCCUCUCCCAGAUGGGAUACCUCUCCAUUGAGGCCCAGUUCACCUAGCUUCACACCCAUCCAGCAUCCCUCCCCGGUCUCAAUUGAACGGCCCAUGUCUCCCGGCAUAGAGCUUGCUGGAAAGCGGGAAUCCUCAGUCAGGGGCAGGCAGAGGGUUGUGUUAAGAGCUGUUUCACCACGCAGAGGUUCACACCAACAUAAAGGCAGCGGUGACAAAACCAGACACCAAGCAAAGAUGGAGAUGGCUCAGCACCAAGGAGCCUUUGAAAUGGAGAUGGAUCAAAGGAGCAGCUUGGCUUCCAGUCUGGCUGGUGCUGCCAGUUCUCAUCAUCAGAACAUCCUCAGCCACCUCCCUCUUCACUCCCAGCAGCAGGCCCACAGUUUGCUCCCCGUUGUUCCUGUUGGCGGGCUCCAGAUAUUACACUCCCCGCCUUCCUCCAGCACUGAUGUCAGCCCCUCUGUGGCGCCAAGCCCCCAAAGCAGCGAAGGCCAAUGUUGCAGCAGCAGGGAGGGAUCUGUCCUCAGUCCUGAGACAGAAGGAGAGGACAUCAGAGGCCACGGCCAGCUGUCCUGCCACGAGGCCGCUCAGGAGAAAAGUCUCGACCCUGAAGUCGGAGACAGCAGACAAGAGGAGAAUGUACAGACCUGCUUGAAAGCCAUCGCCUCGCUGAAGAUUACCACAGAAGACCCUCAUUAG